AUGUGUCUUUCAUCCUUCCGCUUGUAUGUCUCCCCCUCCUCUUUCUUCUACCACCCACCAGGCGGGCUGCUCAUUGCCAUGGGGCUGGUAACUGGGUUACACGCGCUAGUGCUCUUCACAGCGCCAGGAGCCAUUGCCCUCGUGCUGCUGGCAGCCGUGCACGCAGCCUUCGGCGCCUGGCUGCUGCAAGGCCCCUCCAACAGCUUCCUCCUCAUCAUCUCCCUCUGGCUCGCCGCCCAGGCGCUCUCCAAGCUGUUUCUCGCCGCCCUUUGGAGCCUCGUUUCGUCUUAUGUGGUGCUGGUGGUGACGGCGGUGGUGGGGAUGGGGCUGGCCGGGGUGGCGUAUUUUGGCUUUGAUGCCAACACGCCGAAGUGGGCGCAGGGGGUGCUGGUGGGGGGGUACCUCGUGCUCUAUGGCGUGGCCUUCCUGCUCAUCGCAUGCAUGGCGUAUGCUGGUGAGUUGGGGGGGACAUGUGCAGGAGGGAGGGGUGCAGGUGUGGGGAGACCUCCUGCUGUACGGCGUUGCCUUCCUGCUCAUCGCAUGCAUGGCGUAUGCUGGUGA